AUGCUUUCCUCGAUCGCAGGGAAGUGCCUCCACAAAGUGGGAGUGAAACCGAGAGACUCCCGGGACGAGCUGGGACGCUGGCGGAUGUUCCCUUUCGACCCAGAGCAUCACCUCAUAUCCGGCCUCAUCGAAGAGUACAGCUGGUUAUGGAUCGACGCCUACUCCGCUCACGCGGAAGGACUGGGAUGCUGCUCGGACACGGCCGUCUCCUUCCAUUACGUCUCUCCCAAUCUCAUGUACAUUCUCGAGUACUUCAUCUACCAACUACGUCCCUAUGGCGUCGUGCCCUUCUCGCAGCGUGAUAUGAGCCGUAAUGACACGGGCAAGGUGGAUCCUUGA